CAGAAUUUACGGAAAGAAUACACCCCAGUUGUUGGUAAGAACGUUUCGGUUCCCAUCGAUAUCACAGCAAUAAUUUUAAAGGAUCUCGGGAGUUACAGCGAGCUAGGGAAGUCUUUUAGGACCGCAGUCACAAGCCAUGUUCCAUUUUAGAGACUAGGAUAGGGUAUAUUUUAAGAGAUACCAGUUCUACAAGCCAUAAUUAAGACACUUGUUUUACGGUUAACAUAAGGCGACAGUGUUUCACAACUUUUACAGCGCAGAAUGCCUGUGAAAGGAGGCGGAAGAGUGGCUGUGUAUCCAGGCAAGGGCGAACAUGUCGGAAUAGAGCACGUCACAAAACGCAGGCAGAGGGACCAGGCAGAGGGACCGUUUACAGAACACGUCCUGCAUGGCUGCCAGAGCUCAGGAAUGGAGGAGACUGUUUGGGAGCAGUACACUGUGAACCUACAGAGGGACUCCAAGAUGGGGUUUGGUAUCGCUGUGUCGGGGGGGCGGGACAACCCCAACGUGGAGAAUGGAGAGAUGUCAAUCAUCGUGUCAGACGUCUUGCAGGGAGGACCAGCUGAUGGACUACUGUUUGAAAAUGACCGUGUGAUCCAAGUCAACUCCAUCCUCAUGGACAACGUGCCUCAUUCCUUCGCUGUGCAGCAGCUACGCAAAUGUGGGAAGACCGCCAAGAUAACGGUGAAGAGACCUCGGAAGGUGGCUCUCCACUCCCUGAAACACCCUCCCUCCCCUGGUGCCGAGAGUCGAGACUUCGGCUCCACCCACUACUACGAUGCCGAUGAAAACCAGAGCGAUGGGGGCUGGCAUCGUGGCAAUGGUGGUCCUGGUUAUAACCGCGAGCCUCGCGACCUCACCCCCGACAACAAGAGCUACCUGGACCCCAACUAUGGCAGCCGUGGUAACCGGGGGAGAAGCCGGGGGAGGAGCAAAGAGAGGGCGUCGCCAAGCCCAGAGCCUCACCACGACAACAGCAGUGGGCGGGCCUUGGACCGGGAGCCGCCCAGUCCAGAGAGGCCACAGUAUCCACGGGAACGCAGCCGGGGGAGGAGCAUGGACCGGGAGAGAGGAGGGGGAGGAGGGAGUCCAGGUGGGAGGAGCUACAGCCGGGGAGACAGCUAUGAGCGAGGAGGGGGGAGGUACAGGGAUGGGGGAGGUACCGGGGGGAGGAUGGUGAAGGGUAAGAGUAGAGACAACCUCCGUGAGCCGUCCCGUUCACCCUCUCCUGACCUCCCCCGAGGAGGAGCUGGAGACCUGGAGCCCCUGGAGAAACCUGUUAACGUCCUGCUGGUCAAGAACAGACCCAACGAAGAGUAUGGUCUGCGUCUGGGCAGUCAGAUAUUCAUCAAGGAGAUGACCAGUACAGGACUGGCUGCCAAGGACGGAAACCUACAGGAGGGAGACAUCAUCCUCAAGAUCAAUGGGACAGUAACAGAGAACCUGUCGCUGAACGAUGCAGGGAAGCUCAUAGAGAAGUCUAGAGGAAAACUCCAACUGGUCGUCCAGAGAGACCGCCGCCAGAUCCUCAUCCGUAUCCCACCCCUCGUAGACUCCGACUCCGAACCUGAUGAUAUCUCAGAGAUGGAGUCCUACUCCCCACAGGAGGAGCGUAGAUCUCGCCAGUCGGACCUAUCUUCCCACUCCUCUAAUGAGAGAGAGAACCCCAGACCUCUAACUAGCCUGGAAGACUCUCCCAGGGUAGCCAAGAUGUCUGCCAUGGCCUCGCCCUUUAGGGUGCCCCCCCUACAGGACCCAAACGAUCCGGGCCCUGCCGUACUGUCCUCAGAGGGGCUGCCACGCCUCGACGAGCAACCAGCAUCAGCAAAGAUUACUCCUAAGAUUCUGCUACGCCCCAGCCCAGAGGAUGAAGAGCUCUAUGGUGCUAACACGGUGAUGGUGAGUUUCCAGAAGGGGGACAGUGUGGGUCUGAGGCUGGCGGGCGGUAACGAUGUGGGCAUCUUCAUCGCUGGCAUCCAGGAGGGCAGUCCUGCCGAGGAGGAGGGGCUACGCACAGGAGACCAAAUCAUGAAGGUCAAUAGCGUUGACUUCCGAGGCAUCGUGAGAGAAGAGGCUGUUCUGUUCCUGUUGGAGAUUCCUAAAGGAGAGGAUGUCACCAUACUGGCCCAGAGUAAACCUGAUGUCUACAAUGACAUCCUGGUGUCUGGUCGUGGGGACUCGUUCUUUAUCAGGACUCAUUUUGAGUAUGAGCGGGAGGCUCCCCAGAGCCUGGCCUUCUCCAGAGGGGAGAUCUUCAAAGUGGUGGACACUCUCUACGAUGGCAAGCUGGGCAACUGGCUGGCCAUCCGCACCGGCAAGGACAAACAGCUGCUGGAGAAAGGCAUCAUCCCCAAUAAGAGCAGGGCUGAUCAGAUAGCGAGCGUACAGAACUCCCAUAAGGCUGCUGGCACGGACCGCGCCGACUUCUGGCGUCUGAGAGGUCAAAGGGCAGCCAAGAGGAAGGAGCUGAGGAAGAGCAGAGAGGAUGUCGGCGCUAUGCCCAUCGCCACACGCUUCCCUGCAUACGAGAGAGUCGUGCUCAGAGAGGCUGGUUUCAGACGUCCUGUGGUUCUGUUUGGUCCUAUAGCUGAUGCAGCCAAUGACAAGCUAGCCAACGAGCUGCCUGACCUGUUUGUCAUCGCCAAAACGGAGCCUAAAGAUGCCGGGUCGGAGAAAUCCUCAGGAGUGGUGAGACUUAACACCAUCCGCCAGAUCAUCGAGCAGGACAAGCAUGCCCUGCUGGAUGUGACUCCCAAGGCGGUGGACACUCUGAACUACACCCAGUGGUACCCCAUCGUCAUCUUUUUCAACCCAGACAGUAAACCAGGGGUUAAGGCCAUGAGGCAGAGGGUGAUACCUGGGUCCAACCGCAGCGCUAGGAAACUAUAUGAACAGGCUGUCAAACUGAGGAAGACCUGCUCUCACCUAUUCACUGCUACUAUUGAUGUGAACUCGGCCAACGAUGCGUGGUAUGGCAGUGUGAAGGACUCUAUCAGGGAGCAGCAGACUCAGGCUGUAUGGGUGUCUGAGGGGAAGCUGGACUGGAUGGAGAUGGACCUUGAUCUCCAUGACGACCGCAUGUCAUACCUGUCAGCCAUGUCAGCCGACUACCUGAGCAUGGACAGCCGAUUGGCCAGCGACUACGAUGACACGGCGGAUGAGGGUGGGGCUUACACGGAUAACGAGCUGGACAACGAGCCGGCUGACCAACUGCACGUGUCCGCUAUCAGCCGCUCCUCUGAGCCCGUGCUGGCAGAGGAGAUCCUGCGCAGGUGUAGUCCAGAGAUCCGUGGUCGUGUCAGGAGGGUGGGCAGCAGGGAGGUGCUCAGCAGCGCCAGCCCACCCCCCCGCGUUUGUACCUGACCCCCCCCAAGGUGAGAGACAGACACACACACACAUAUACAAAUUCCUCUUAUAUUCACUUUUACCAUCUUUCGUACAUAAAGUCAACCGGUAGUUCAAAUUUUUAGGCAACUGUGUGGUUUUCAAACAUCCACUUACAUUUGAAUGUUUGAAACCCCCCACCACCCCUUAGCUCUUUUAAUUAAAUCAGAACUAGCAAACUCCCCUUCUCUCUGAAGAAUGGUCUGAUCUGGAGAAACCACACCCACCACGGCUCGGAUUCCUCCAACGGCAGACCACUCUGGUACCUAAUUAGCAAAAAGUAACUCCCAAAAUUCCUUGUGGUGAUAGAAGGGUCCUGUGUUCGUGAAACCUCAUAGUCAUUAAUAGUAUUGUGAACCUUUGUCUGUUGAACCGAUAUUCUAGAGUAAUGUAGGCUACUUGUGUUUUGAACUCUUAAAGAGAAAUAGGUGGUAUUCAACAUUGUCUUCUGUUAUGAAUGUGUUUGGGAAAGUACAACCUGAAGCUUCUUUUAUGUUGUAAAUCAAUAGUGAGGUAAUGAGGGCGGAAGCCUAAAGUUAAUGAUUAUUGUUUCAAGCGUUUUUCUAGUCACAAAUCUACUAUUCACGUAUAGAAAUGUUUGGUUUGCGGAUCUGCGACUGACCCUGUUUGGUCCCCAUAGAAAUAGAAUGAUUUCAUUGACUGAAUCGAAUCAAAAUGAUUUGAUUCAUUCUAAUUCUAUGCCGGUCCACCCCCCACCCCCCCA